AUGAAUGAAACUUCAAAAGAUUCGAGAUUAUCUCCAGAAAACUCAAUUCAGAUUGAGGAUAAUGAGGUAGCAGAACUUCAACAAAGCAUUUUAGAAGCACAAUACUUCGAUGCGAGUAGCAUGGCUCCGCUUUCCGCAGCUUCAAGAGGAGCACUCGCACGACUCCGUGCCUACAAACCACCACCCUUCGACACAGUAUGGAAUCUCCUCCCCCUGAGUCGCCGAGCCGCCGUCCUCGUGCUCCUCUUUGCGGACCGACGAGGAGACCUCCGAGUCGUCAUCACCAUGCGCUCGACCACCCUCCGAAACUUUUCCGGCCAAGCUGCGUUUCCCGGCGGAAAAGCCGAUGCGCUUUCCGAGACGCCGUUUGAGAUUGCUCGACGAGAAGCUAGUGAGGAAAUCGGCCUGCCGAGAUAUGAUCACAAGAUCCCCGCUCCGUUCAGAAUAGAACAUCUAUGUCAGCUUCCAUUUAGUUUAGCUAGAACUGCAUUAGCUGUACGACCCUGCGUUGCAUUUCUCCACGCCGAUAAUGCAACGAUUGGGAGAGAAGCUAGUGUAGAAGAGGAUUUGAUGCCGCGGCUCGAUGCCCGAGAAGUGGCGGCCGUGUUUUCUGCUCCUUUUCAUAAUUUUUUGCGAAUGGAGGAUGAAGUGAGGAAAGAAGAUGAAUCUUUAUUACCAGGGAAGAAAAGUGAUUGGUAUAGUGGUGCUUGGCAUGAAUGGCACGAUACUAAGUGGCGAAUGCAUAAUUUCUAUGUUCCGAUUACCAACCAGAAGGUAUCGAGGCCGAAGGUCAAAGAGGGCGGACAGGCUGCUAUUGCUGAGGAGCUUGAGGAACAGGAAGAACAGGGCUUGACACGCUUUAAAGUAUGGGGGAUGACAGCGAGGAUGUUGGUUGAUGCGGCUAGGAUUGCAUACGAGCAAGAGCCAGAAUUCGAGCACAACGCCCAUGUUGGGGAUGAAGAGCUCAUUGCUAAAUUACAAAGCACGGGUCAUCUUGAAGAGAAAAGGAAUGUGUCAGCCGCAGAAAUCGUUGAUGCCAGGAAUAAAAUCAAAGAAGAGAAAUCCGGAGCAAAGAUGUAG